UGCAAGUUCUUUUGAGGCCUAAACAUAUUUUGGCUCAAUUUAAAUUACAGACGAAAUUAUACUCCAAUAAAAGAGCAGAAUGACAAGAAAUGUAAUAAUAUUAAGAACUUACAAACGGUGAACCCUGGAGUAGUACUGAUGACAAACUUUUGAAUUUGUACUAAAUGCACAACAGCCAGUCAUGAGAGAAAUAAAUAAGAACUCGAAAGUUCUUGAUCCAUAUGCAAACACAGUUCAUUUUGAAUCAGCUUCACAUGUAGGGACACUUUUAGGGGGACUGAAUUCUCUCAGGAGCAAAGGUUUACUUUUAGAUAUUACACUGAUUGCUGAUGGACAGUCUUUCAAAGCUCAUCGUGUUGUUCUGGCAUCUUGCAGUGAUUAUUUUCGUGCUAUGUUUACAGAUGCUAUGAAGGAAAGUAAGCUGAGUGAAAUCAGUCUAAAUGGAGUUUCAGCAGAAGGUAUGAAGUAUGUUUUAGACUAUGUAUAUACUUCUCGGUUGGCACUCAGUCUUGCCAACAUUCAGGAUGUUCUUUCUGCAGCUAGCCAUCUACAACUCCUAGCAGUUGUAGAAGCUUGCUCCUCUUAUCUUCAGAAACAAUUAGAUAUAGAAAAUUGUGUAGAUGUUGCCACUAUUGCAGAAACCUACUCUUUACGUCAGCUAAAAAAGAGAGUGUACAGGUUUAUGUGUGGCAACCUGCUUCAUUUCUGUCAAACACCUGAGUUCCAACAAUUGUCUCCAAGUCAGUUACAGCACCUUCUAGAGUGUGACUUCCCAGUAGACUGUACAGAGAGUGAAGUUUUGAGAACAGUGGUCAGGUGGAUAGAGUACUACCCCCAAGAAAGAAUAAAACAUGCUUUUCAACUUUUGAGAAACAUACAUUUUACAGAAAUUCCUUCUGCUGACCUAAUUGAAGUUGCAGAGUCGCCUGUCAUGCAGUGUCUUGUGUCAGGAAAUCCACUGUUGGGUCGAGUAUUGCAAUUCUCCAUCAGUUUGACUCGACCCAGAGAAGAUAUGAAUGGAGCUUCUCUUAUUAACUCAAGAGGAAUGGAAUUGGCACUAGUUAAAGUUGGUGGCUUUGGAAUGUCUGGUGUGACAAAUGAGAUAACAUAUUUUUUACCAAGUAUAGGGAAGUGGCGAUAUCUUACUUCUAUCCCUCAUGUAGAACAAUGUAAUUUUGGAACAGCUGUCUUAAGUAAUGAGCUUUUUGUUGUUGGUGGAUGUUUCAAUCAAAGCCUUCAAGAAAAUGUGCACCCGUUUGGCUUUCGCUACAAUCCAUUAACAAACCAAUGGGCAACCAUGGCACCAAUGCAAAGAGAACGGUGUAGGUUUUCCUUGAGUGUCGUCAGAGGACACUUGUAUGCUGUAGGAGGAGCUGGAGAAACAGGUGAUGGUGAUCUGUUUGAUGAAAGUGCCCCAUGUGAAAAGUAUGAUCCUAUAGCAGACACCUGGAAUCCAAUAUCAGUUUUGCCAGGUGGGAGGACUCAACAUGCUGGAGCAUCCUGGAAGUCGUAUCUCUACAUAUCUGGUGGCCUUGACCAAGACUUAGUCCUCAACUCUCUAGUGAGAUACAAUACAGAGACUGACCAGUGGGAAACUAAGGCACCAAUGUUGACACCUCGAGCUGAUCAUUCCAUGGUUUGUUACUGGGACAAGUUGUAUGUUUGUGGGGGCUGGUAUGAAGAUGAUACAACUGGAACUCGAGUAUUGGUGGACAGCAUUGACUGUUAUGACAUCCACAAGGAUCGUUGGAUUGUUGUCUCUCGCGUCCCAACCCCUCGUUACCAUGCAGGCAUUGUUGUUAUUGGUCAGUGGUUGUACAUUGUGGGAGGUUUCCAUAGUGACACCACCUUUGAUCGAGCUAGUGGUGUAGUUGAGUGUUUUAACUUGGAAACUGAACUGUGGACUGUUGACCAGCAUUAUCCUCAAGACAUCUGGGAGCACACUUGCUGCACCAUGUUUAUCCCACGAUGUCGAGAUGAUUUGGAGGUUAUACCUGAUAAAACGUUACAAUAAGGUUGUGAAACAGAUAACUGGUGGCUGCCUUUCUCAAUAUUACUUUGCACUGAAAUUGUAUUUAAUGUACAUUGUAUAUAAAAUAUAACCUAAAGUGUAUUGCUUCCACUGUUUUAACCAUGCAUAUCGUAACCACCACCACCUACCCCCUACUUUAUGUCCACUGAAUCAGUUUUACAAGGAGUAGGGGCUUCUGUCCUGAUUGUUUGAUUAAAGUAAAAGUGUAUAUAUAUAUAUAUAUAUGAUUGAACUGAUCACUGCCUAUUAUACUAUGUAAAUGUGCACAGUAUAUAUCAAAGUUAUGAGCAUAAGAGUUAAUCUUCACAAUGUUUGUUUUAAUUGUAGAUUUUUGGAGCAAAAAAGGUAUAUGUUACUCACAAUAGCAUGUAGGUAUCUAAUGGUUUGUAUACAAUGAUAGUGAGCAACAGCAGAUAUAUUUUGCAUAUUGCACAACUUGACUAUCAAAUGUAGAUCCAGAGAAGAAAGUUUGAUUCUCUUAAGCAAAUAAAGUUUUAUCCAUCAGUGAGUUUUUCAGUUGUGGGGUAAAGUAGGUUUGUUACUGUAUAUAGUUAGUGAGGUUUAACUGGUGUGAUAGGUGUCUUGAUCCAUCCAGAAGUACCAAAAUGGAGAAUUCUACUUGAACUGCCUCUUCUUCUUCUUUUUUUUUUUUGUUGCAUUACUUAAAUUUAUUUAUUUUUAUAGGAUUAAUCAAUCUGGGCCAAAUUACUGCAUUAGAAAACACUUAGUCAAAAUAUGCUUUUAGCUGAUAAAAAUGUGUUUUGUAAGUUGUUUUCUUGAUUCUAGUUCCAGUUUCUGUACGUGUAAAUACAAAAAAGGGUGACUAAAAGCUAUAGUUGUAUAUAUGUAAAUAUAUGUAAACAUGACAACUUGAAUACAUACUGUUUGUAUAGUUUCUUUUGUUUGUUUUUUUUGUUGGUUUUUUUCAAAGUGGAUGGUCAUCUAUGCCUGUGUUAGAAUACACAACAGUAAAUGAUUUUAUAUUGUUUCUUUGUUUAUAGCUGCGUAUCUUCUACUGUAUAUGUACUUGUACUUAACAAUUUACUUGAAUGCUCACCUGAGAACUUAGUUUUCUAUUUACAUAAAUGUUACAUAGUGCAGUAUUAGAGGAAUAUUGAAUCAUUUAGAGAACAUUGAAAUAUUACUAUACAAUAAAAAAGACUAGAGUAAAUAUAAAAAGAUAAUUGGUGCUAAAAAGUUUGUAAGAUGUAAAGCUCACUUAAAGGUGAAUAAAAUAAACAGACUGUAAAAAUCAGUACUUUUGUACUACCAGUGUACAGUGAGUAAAGAAAGCAAUAUAUGUAAAAAUCACUUUUUGUUUCUUCAGAAACUGAUGGAAGUGUUAGAGAAACAUUUCCAAUGGUUAAUAAUAUGUUAAAUGGGUACAGAAUCUGGUUUCUAGUUAGCAAACAUAGUUUUAUUGUUUGUUAUCCUACGAGAAAGUGUACAUAAUUAACUAAUGAACCUGUAUACUACUGACACACAGUUUUAAAUUUUUCAUUAUUAUAUUUAAGACUAAGUAUUUCAAGAUAUAUAAAUGUAUUCCAAUGUGUUUACUAAUAUGUAUAAAAUUUUAUUAUGAUAUUCUAAUGCCUUCUAUACAUGAAUAUGCAAAAAUGAAAUUUAGGUCUUGUUAAUGGUUGAAAAACAUGAAAUUAGUUUUCGAACAGCUCCAUUUUGGAUAUGUAAUUUUUUUUUUUUUAACCCAUUGACUGUUGAUUCACCGUAUCGGAUAUGGUCCACCUCCAUCAAUUGAAUGCGAGUGUGCUAAAUACAGUGUACAGCUCGCAAGAAUUCCUUGCAUUUAUAUCAGCCACAGUCAAAGGGUUAACAACACAAUUUAGACAAGUACCUUGCAGAAGUUAAUGAUUUCUUAAAAGUUGAUUUCAAGUUGAAUUGUACUAAAAUGCUAUAACAUGUCAGUUUACUCAAGCAAGAAUUGUAAUAAUUGUAUUAAUUUUACUCAAAAAAAUUUUAAGCCAGAGGUCUGAAUGCUGGAAUUAUAGCAUAUGACAGAAAAAAUACAAAAUUGGUUCUGGAAUAAACUUUUGAAUUUUAUAAAAAUCAUUA